GUGAAACGCAGACUCCGCUUUACAUCGGCUUCUCCACAUAUCCAGAAUCCACUAUAAAGCACCCCCACCCAUAGCUCUUUAUGGGUACAACCGUCAUUGACAAAACCAAGUACCUCCGAAUAUGCGACGAAACCGCCAAACCUCUACGCAAAACUCUUCUUCCAGCAGCCGCCGUCCCCGAAUCUCUGAACCUAUCCUUCAACCUGAAAACUCGGUCUCAUCUCAAUUCGGCCCCUUGGCUUCCGUGAGAGACGCUGGCUCGUCGGCUAGUUCUUCCGCUCGACCCGAGGAGGCGGCGGAGGAACAAUACUCGCCGUCGCAGGAAGCGUCAACGAGCUCGACUCCUGCUAGGAGAAACACUCGCAGGCAUGGGAUGCUGCUUUCUUCCACUGCUUCUGCUUCUGCUUCUGGCAAUCAACAGCCAUUCAGGGGUAAUGCCGAGGACAGCGACAAAUCUACAGAAUUCGAGGAAGACUUCUCUUCUUCUUGUGACUCAUGUAGCGAGGAUGAUGAUGAUGCUCGUAGACGAGAGAGUGGAUCGAUUGUGAUAGGCGUUGAGACGUCCAUGUCUCGAUUAGGAAUCCGUGGGAACCCUGGAUCCCAGAAUGGGGAUGACAGUGGUAGUGAGUGUGCAGGCAGCUGUAGUAGUAGCGGUGAAGAGUGCAGUGGGUCGGAUAGUGAGGAAGAUUAGUACUGUUCGAGUAGUGUAAUUCUUUCGUACUCUGACUCACAUGGUACUGCCGGC